UCCAAAGAGAAUGUCUCCACGAACUUUUUGCUAUUAACGAACUAUUGAAGGAUGAAGUGAUGGCUCUCAACUUACUUUUCUCUUACCAUUUCCAAUUAUUAUUAGUUUGAAUUUACUUUGUACAUAGUCGAAUAUUAUUAUUAGUCCGUUAAUUAGUCCAUUUUGGAUGUUUUUCCAAUAUUAAGUUCUGCUAAAGUUAUCAUCGUACAGUUGAUGAGUUCGUGGCAAGCAAGCACUGAAGUCAAGAAAGCGGCCAAGGAUUUUGUGGCUUUCCUCAACAAAGCUGUGACACCUUUUCAUGCUGUCGAGGAAAGCGCUAAUCGAUUAAGAGAUGCUGGAUUUCAAGAACUGAAGGAAUACGAACACUGGAUCAUUGAACCGUCGAAAAAAUAUUUCGUGACGAAGAACAAAUCGACAAUUUUAGCUUUUGCUGUUGGUGGGAAAUAUCGACCAGGUAAUGGAUAUUCUAUGGUUGUGGCUCACACCGAUAGUCCAUCACUGAGAGUAAAACCAAUUUCAAAACUAUGUGGUGACAAAUACUUCCAGGUUGGCGUUUCAACGUACGGUGGAGGAAUAUGGCGGACUUGGUUCGAUCGCGAUCUAAGUAUUGCAGGACAAGUAAUAUACAAAAAAGAUGAUGCUAUUAUGCAGAAAUUAGUGAACAUUGAUGCUCCUAUACUUUUCAUACCAAAUUUAGCAAUUCAUUUCACUUCUGGCUCAGACCGCAACAAAUUUGAGUUCAAUAAUGAGACCAAUUUACGACCUAUAAUUGCCACUCUCGCAGCCGAAAAUCUUAAUAAAAUGAAUACGAAUGCAAAAGAAUGCUCGGCCGAUGUUGGCGAUAACGUCAGCAGUGUGAUAAACGAUCAUCACAUGAUAUUUCUCGAUACAAUAGCGAAUGCUGCUGGUUGCGAACCUGUUAACAUAUUGGAUCUUGAUUUAUAUCUCUAUGACCAUCAGAAAGCGACGAUUGGAGGAGUCUAUGAAGAAUUUAUCAGCGGUCAAAGACUAGACAACUUGGUUGGUGCAUACACUUGUAUCUCGGGACUUUUGAAGAGUGUCGCAACGGAGAACGCACUUGCUAACGAAGAAUAUAUUAGAUUGGCUGCCUGUUAUGAUAACGAAGAAUGCGGAAGCGACUCAGCACAAGGCGCUGCGAGCAGCUUUACCGAAUGGGUUCUAAGACGUUUAGCAGCAGGUCAUUCACAAACGGCAUUCGAGGAAGCUAUGGGAAAAUCAUUUUUGAUUAGUGCAGAUCAAGCACAUGCAGUGCAUCCCAACUAUAGAGAAAAACAUGAGGAAUGCCAUAAACCAGACCUCCAUGGAGGUGUCGUGGUCAAGAUAAAUGUUAAUCAGCGUUACGCUACUACGGCUACUACACAUAGUGUUUUGAAACAAAUUGCAAGUCUGGCGGGUGUACCGCUGCAGAAAGUAGUAGUUAGGAACGACAUGUCAUGUGGUUCAACGGUCGGACCCAUACUUUCCACUCGCUUGGGUAUCCAAACAGUGGAUGUUGGUUGUCCACAACUAGCAAUGCAUUCUAUACGCGAAUUGACGAGUACAUCGAGUAUCCAUCAGGCUACUACACUGUACUCAGCCUUCUACCAACAAAUUCCGCAUGUUUUGGCAUCCAUUUCAUGAAGAGAUUAGUGAUUUGCUUAUUGUUAAUCUUUGUCAGUUGUUAUUAUUGUACUAAUUUUUCAUUUCUGUUUCUUACUGGUAUAGUUUUCAAAAAAAAAAAAAAAAGACAAGACUUGCAAUGACAUGGAAUAAGCAUAUGGAAUAAAGUACUAUCAACUG